AACGCAUUAGAUAUAUGGUGCCUGAAUGAGCUGGUAGGCGUAGUAAACCCACUGCCUUUGAAGGGUAUUACUAUCUGCAAAUUUAACACUUCUGUAGUGGCAUCCCUUACAGGGCUGCAUCAUAGGGAUCUAAACUGGUGCUUGGGCGGUGUCUGGAUGAAGAGGUCUCUCGGGCCUUUUUCAACUUCUGUUGAUGGACCGGGGAGGGCAAUUCACUGUUUAAACAGGAAUGGGAGAAAAUGUGAGAUUUUCACGACUAAUAAAUGAAUUAAGGUUUUCAUCAUACACCAUUAGAGCUCUAUCAGCUCGAGAUAUCAGGAAGUUAAUUACAAAUUUCUCUGUGGUACCAUACUCCCAAAUGUUUACAUUUACAUGGAUUUUCCAGUCUGUUCCACCAACCUCUUGGGGAUGUGAAGUUGGGAUAGGAUCAAUUAAGCACGAUAGGUGGUAUUGCCCAGUUAUCCAAGCCUACUGGCAGAUGGCUAUGGACGCCCUCGCUGAAAUAUUCAGUAACCCUGCCUUUGUUCAUUUUGAAAAAUGUUUUGCUCCAUGUCACACCCUUUUGGUUUUCUAAAUACCAAAAAAAUACAUCUUGCGUUAUUUGUUGAAUGCAGUAAAAUCACUUGUACCUGCCCUCUGGAAGAGGCAUCUAAGCAGAGCUGGCUAGAUGCGUUAGAGAAGAUUAAAGCUUCUUUGUGGGGCGCUGCUGCUAAAUGCACAGAACUGAUAACCGUGGAAUGCUUACAUGGAGGAAGUAGUAACUGGUAAUCAUGGAUUUACUAUAUGCUGUUUGUUGAUCCCACUGGGCUCUUUCAAAGAUAAAUUAGGCAGGAGUUUUGGACGUAUUACCUAGCCGGGAUUACCUUCUUUUCCUUUUCUUAGGCCAAGCUUUGGCUGAAGAGUUGGAAUUGCAUUUUCAAGCACACAGUCUUAAAGGACCACUAUAGUGCCAGGAAAGCAUACUAGUUUUCCUGGCCCUAUAGGGUCUCUAGGUCCCCCCCCCCACCAUCAUGGUCCCCCUCCCGCUGGGCUCUAGGGGGUGGAAGGGGUUAAAUUUACCUAUUUUUCCAGCACCGGGCGGGGGACGACUCCUCCUCAUCGGCACGAGCCACGCGCGCUUUCAGCCAGUCCAUAGGAAAGCAUUCUCAAUGCUUUCGUAUGGACGCUGGCGUCUUAUCACUGUGAAAAUCACAGUUAGAAGCACGGAAGCGCCUCUAGCGACUGUCAAUGAGAAUGCGUGAGUUUUUUUUUUUGUAGGUCACAAAGCACAAGGAGUAAAAUAAACUUUUAAUGUGGAGCGAUUUUAGAAUUUGGUAUGUUUGUCUUGUAAUAGCCAUAAAUGAAAACAAAAUUGCCACACAAAAGUAUAUAUUUAUAUAAAGAAGACAUCACAGACUAUUUACCUAAGGUUGUUUUGACACUUUCUACUUAGCCUUUUCACCGCCAACCUCUGCUAAAUAUUGGAGUAAAAUUUUUGGGGGUUUUUUUUGGCACAUAAACUUAUAACAGAAAUUCUCAUGUAUAUUUUGUAAAGUUGGUGUGUGCUAUUCCUGUACAACGUUUUAUUUUGUGUUCAGUUACAUCUGCUGAGUAAAAUGACACCCCCAUUGUCUUUGGCACUAUUUUGUGAAGCUACAGUGCUAUAUAGGAGACCUGUCCUCUUCAGUUUUCACAGUAGAAUUUUGAGAUGGAUUUAAUGAGCCUAUGCUUCCAUUUGGGGUAUUAUAGUAGUUUGACUGUUCAAAAACCCCCCACAAAGGCCUACCAUUUGUAAAAGUAGGCACUCCAGGGUAUAUCAUAAGGUUCAUAUUGUGCCUCAUUUUUUUCACCAAUAAAUGCCACAGUAUGUGGUAAAAAAUAAUUUUGUGCAUUUUUAUUUUUUUACAUACUGAUUGCAUUUUUGCUGGGCAUUUUGUAUAUUUCAUAUGUGCCACUAAGUUCAAACCCCCCCAAAUUAUGCUCAGCUAAGUCUUCUGAGUAAAAAGACACCCCCAAUGAAUGUCUCUGGCACUAUUUCGUAAAGCUACAGUGCCAUAUAGGAGACCAAGCCAUAUCAGUUUUUACCGAACUUUGAAUUUUGACGCUGGGCCUAUGUGCAAUUUCCAAGCAUCUUCGCAGGUUUUAAAGGACCACUCUAGUGUCAGGAAAACAUACUCGUGUGCCCACCCUCAGGGUCCCCCUCCUGCCGGGCUCUGGGGGGGUAGAAGGGGUUAAACUUACCUCUUUCUCCAGCGCCGGGCGAGGAGCUCUCCCCCUCCUCUUCGGCUGAAUGCGCAUGCGCGGCAAGAGCCGCACGCGCGUUCAGCCAGUCCAUAGGAAAGCAUUCACAAUGCUUUCCUAUGGACGCUGGCGUCUUCUCACUGUGAUUUUCACAGUGAGAAGCGCGGAAGCCCUCUAGCGGCUGUCAAUGAGACCGCCACUAGAGGCUAGAUUAACCCUAACAUAAACAUAGCAGUUUCUCUGAAACUGCUAUGUUUAUAGAAAAAAGGGGUUAACCCUAGUUGGACCAGGCACCCAGACCACUUAAUUAAGCUGAAGUGGUCUGGGUGCCUAUAGUGGUCCUUUAAAUUCAAACUACCCCACAAAGGCCUACCAUUUCUUAAAGUAGACUCUGCAGGGUAUUGCAAAAGGUAUAUUUUGAACCUUAGCGUGGGAUCAUUUUUCCGCUAGCUUGUACCAGGUGUAGUGGUGGUAGUUUUUUUCUGCCUUUAUGACACACAGAGUAAGUUUGCACAGUAUAUUUUGCAAACCUUAUGUGUGCUACGACUGUAUAAUAUUUCAUAAGUUGCUGAGUUAUGUGGUCUGAGUACACAAUACCCCCGUAUGUACCUUUGCCAGGUAUAUGUGGAUGUUGAAGGAGCACAUUUGAGACGCAGCCAUUCAGAAGUUUUACGCUGUGUCCAUGUUCCAAUUUGGAGUAGUUUAGAUGGUUGGGUAUUGAAACUUCCCCACAAAUACAUACUAUUUAUUAAAGAAUACACCCUGGGGUAAUUCAAAAGGCAUAUUUUGAACCUUGGCAUGGGAUCAUUUUUUUUUUUUUCUCUAGUUUGUUCCAGGUGUAGUGGUAAUGAGCGUUUUUUUGGUAAUGAAUGUUUUUUGUUUUUUUUUUAGUUUUUAAACUUUUUGUUUUUAGAAAUUUUUUUAAACUUUCCUAAACUGUUUUUACAGAAUUAACAUUUUUCAAAGCUUUUCUUUUACUGUUCACCCCUAGCUAGCAGUACGCAGCACUAACAGUAAAUUCCCCAUUUUCCCAUAACUCCCUCCCACCCCAGCUAGCAAAAUAUAUAAUUAUAAAAUAUUUAAAUCAGUUAAUUAAAUGAAUUUAACCCCUGAGGGUUAAAAAAUAAAUAAAUAAAAGUUAAUCGUCAGGGGUUAAAAAAAAUUAGAUCACAGUAUAAUACUGUGAUCUGUUUUUUGAUCACUGUAGGCAGUGAUCAUCUGGCAGGGAAGGGGUUAAUUUUUAUUUGGACUGGCUAAAGGGGGUUAUUUUUUACUUAAAUGUUAUUAAAACUUUUUUUAACUUUUAAUUUUUUAAAGCUUAUUUUAAAACUUUUUUUAACGUUAACCCCUAGUUAGCCUAGUACCAAAUCCCCAUCACCCAUCCCAGCUAGCUAAAUUUAUAAUUUUAAAAUACUUAAAUUAAUAAAAUAAAUUUAACCUCUGAGGGUUAAAAAAAAAAAAAUCAGUUCAUAGUAAAAUGUAAUCCUUGCCAAUUGGUCACUGUAGUCAGUGAUCAAUCGGCAGGGAAGGGGUUAAUUUUUUAUUAUUAAAAAGGGUAAAGGGGGGUUGGGAUUUAUUAUUUUUUUAACAUGGGGCAGGAUCAUCACAGUUCCGGCUCCCUGCACUUCACACAGAACCAGGAAGUGCAGGGAGGCGGAAGGUAAGUAUACCGAGCACAUGUGCUGGGCAGCACUAUCGGGUGCUCCCGGUCUGCCGCUAACACAGAGGCAGACCGGAGCACCAUUAACCACCGCGAUCUGGGGUUAUUUUUACAAGGUCCGUCACUCAUCGUUAAGGGUUUCCCCCGGGUGACGGACCUCAUCCGUCACUCGUCAUUAAGGGGUUAAAUUGCAACAUUGCUCUGACUAAAACAUACAGACCUUCUUCCUGAGGCAAAUAAUUUACAUACUGUAUUCCAAUACUUUUGGAGAAAUAUACACUCCAUCCAUAACAAUGCCUUGCACUCUGUUACAGUCUGUCACAAAAUUACUUUGCAUUAUUACCGACUGUAAUGGUUUACAUUUCCUUUUUGUCUUUGUUACUACCGUAUUUUUCGCUCCAUAAGACGCACCUCACCAUAAGACGCACCUAGUUUUUAGAGGAGGAAACCCAGAAAAAAAAAUAUUCUGAACAAUCUGUUCCAUAGUGUUUCUUACCAUGGGACAGUUUGUUCAGAAUAUUUUUUUUUCUCCCCUGUCCCAUAAUGAUCUUUAACCCCCCUUUCCUCUGUCCCAUAGUGAUUGUUAACCCCUCCUACCCUGUCCCAUAGUGAUUGUUAACCCCUCCUACCCUGUCCCAUAGUGAUUGUUAACCCCUCCUACCCUGUCCCAUAGUGUUCUUUAACCCCUCCUCCCCUUGUCCAUUAGUGUUCUGAUCCCAUAGUGUCCCCCCCUCCCAUUGUCCCAUAGUUCUGAUCCCAUAGUGUCCCCCCUCCCAUUGUCCCAUAGUGCACCUUCCCUCCCAUAGUGUCCCCCCCUGCCCUUGUCCCAUAGUGUCUCCCCCUCCCCUUGUCCCUCCCCCUCCCCUUGUCCCAUAGUGUCCCCCCCUUGUCCCAUAGUGCCCUUGUCCCAUAGUGUCUCCCCUCCCUUUCUCCCAUAGUGUCCCCCUCCCCUUGUCCCAUAGUGUCCCCCCUCCCCUUGUCCCAUAGUGUCCCCCCCUCCCCUUCUCCCAUAGUGUCUCCCCUCCCUUUCUCCCAUAGUGUCCCCCUCCCCUUGUCCCAUAGUGUCUCCCCCCCUCCCCUUGUCCCAUAGUGUCUCCUUCCCUCCCCUUGUCCCAUAGUCCUCCCCUCCCUUUCUCCCAUAGUGUCCCAUUCCCCUUGUCCCAUAGUGUCUCCCCCUCCCCUUGUCCCAUAAUUACUUACCUGUCUUGGAGCGUGGGCCGGCUUCACAGCGCGCUCCGCGGUCCAGGAACUAAUAUUUCAGGUUCCGGUUUCCGGCGGGACUGAAAGGAAGUGUGCACACUGAGUGUGCACACUUCCUUUCAGUCCCGCCGGAAACCGGAACCUGAAAUAGAAGUUCCUGGACCGCGGAGCGCGCUGUGAAGCCGGCCCACGCUCCAAGACAGGUAAGUAAUUCUUCACAUUCGCUCCAUAAGACGCACAGACAUUUCCCCUCACUUUUGAGGGGAAAAAAAGUGCGUCUUAUGGAGCGAAAAAUACGGUAAUCUGAAACCUUACAUUAAGAUAAAGAUUUACAAAAGAAAACAAAUUACUGAGGAACAAGACCUUUAGAUUUUUCUUGGGGAAAUCGUAAGAGUUAUGUUUUAUGUCAUAUCUGCUGCGGACAUUGGGUGCAUUGCAUUGUUACUGCCAGAAGAAAUGCUUUUACUUUAAUAUAUUAAGCGAAUUUGCCUGAGAGAGACUUGUUUGGGGAAUUUUUUUUUUUUUUUACAUACAUUUUAUUUACGAUGCUCCACAACACUUAUUUGUUCUCAUACUAUUUCUAGAUCUCAGUGACAUUAAGUAAAAACAAGCAACAUGUCUGACUUUGUGGAAAGCGAAGCAGAGGAGUCUGAAGAAGAAUAUGACAACGACGGAGAGGUGGUACAGAGGCCUACCAAAAAAUUUGUGGAAGAGGAGGAUGGUGAGUUUGAUUUAACAAUGAAAAUAAAAAUAAAAAAGUUGACUAGUUUCAUUGGAUAAAUGUUUUGUAAGCAGAUCAGCCUAUACUUUCCUGUUUAACAUCAUGCAAUAAAGGGACACUAAAAUCACCAGAACCCAAAUGCAGCUUAAUGUAGUUGUUCUGGUGAGUAUAGUAUGUCCUAGGAAUCGACCAAUAUUGAAUUUUGUUUUAUCUUUUUUUUUAGAGCAGAUACUGAUAAUCUGUGAACAUUCAGGCCGAUAACAACAUAACAAUAUUCUGUACAUUUACCAUUUAAAAAAAACACAAACUAUUUCUACACAUCUACUGUUAACUGAAAUUGUUUAUUUUUUUGCAGAUCUUUUUUUUUUUUUUUUUGUUAAGGUAAAUGCACAAAAUAUACAUGCCACUCAGUUUGUUUUCAAGAAUAUGUGUGUGUAGUGGAUGCAGUAAGAGUAUUUGAUUAGUGAAUGCAGUGUGUGUUUGUGUAGUGGAUGCAGUGUUUGUGUAGAUGUGUAAGGUUGGGGAGUGUAUUUUACUUUUUAAUUUUUUUUAUGUUUUUGCAUUUUGUUUUAGUCCCCCUCCUGCAACGGACCAGCAAGCGCUUACUUACCUUCCCAGCAGCUCCCUUCAGCUGCCCAGUGUAAAUCUUGCGAGUCCCGUGGCCGUCAGAGCGUUGCAGGCUGUGAGAGUUAAGCAGGGGAGCUGAAGGGACACCACAUGCUACAUUCACUAUAUAUACACAUUACACACACUCACUGCAUACACUAUACACACUACACACACUGCAUUCACUAUACGCGGACAACACCAUGCUACAUUCACUAUAUAUACACACUACACAAAUACACACUGCAUUCAUUAUAUACCCACUACACACAUAGCUCCCCUGUCUAAGCACACUGCAUCCACUACAUGUGGCAUGUAUAUUUUGUGCAUUUACCUUUUAGAAAUAGUUUCUCUUUUUCAAAAUGGUAAAUGUGCAGAAUAUCGGUAAGUUAUCGGCUAUCGACCUGAAAGUUCACAGAUUAUCGAUAUCUGCUCUAAAAAAAAUCAAUAUCGGUCAAUCCCUACUUUUUUUAUUUUUUAUUUUAUUUUUAUUUUUUUUAAAUACAGAAAAGAAUUGAUUGGCUGAGAUUGUCAGUUCUGAUUAUCGUAGGCGGGGUAGGGUGGAGCCAGCACUGACUGACCCACAUGGGCGUGCAAUAAAGGGGUCUUUUACUAUGGUCGUUGCUGCUGCCCAAGAGUAGUUGGGUGUUUGAGCCUUUUUAUUAAAUAUUAUUUAUUUUUGCAGUGCAUUUCAGUUUAACAUCCCCGCAUGAGGUAUCCCAACAACAUUCCUCAAGCGUAUUUGGAACAUAUAUAUAACAGUUGGGUCAGCUAUAAAACAUGCACAAUUUUAUAAUUAUGUGAUGAGCAAAAUUGUUGGAUUCGUCACUUAGCUUAUGUGGCUGGUUCAAUAGCAAGUAUCAACAUCUGUAUCAAGUUUAACUUCAAUUAUCUAGCUUAGAAUGAUAUACAGGCUAGUCAAACGUGGAAUUGUCUAGGUCUACAUAUGCAUAUUCAUUCAGUGUUUCACUACCUCUUCUGAGCAAUAUAAUAGGAGUUUGCUUGAAACCUGAGUCUGCAUGUGUGGUUUAUAUUAUAUUCAAAACAAGAGUAUAUACAGACGCUUUUAUGAAGUGCUAGCUUAGUUAAGAUAGGUGUUUAAAUGAAAUGCCACCAGGUUGAUUUUGGCAUAAUGAGUUAUCAUCUGCGUUACCCAGGAUGCCCAAACCGACAGUUACUGUGACAUGAGCUGUGAUUAUAAUUACAGAGAUGUCCAUGUAUCGGCAAGUAUCGCCAGGGAGUUAUCUUUUAAGGCUGUCGGUGAGUUCCGCGGUGCACUCCUUGGCUGCCUUUCGUCCUGAGGAGCUGGGAUCGUCCUGAGGAGCUGGGAUCGUCGUUGGUUGAGAGGCAUCCCGUUCCCAGGCUUGGGGGUGACCCUCGCGGAGUACCCAAAGGUCCCACUGUAUUCCGCAGCUUCAGUUCGAUCAAAGUGUCCUCAGAUCGCCGUGUCCACAGUACCUGGUCAGUAGGUGAGUACGGGUGCGGUGCUUUGCAGCCCAUAGUGUCCAGAUGCAGGUAGCGAUAUGCUGGGGUUGGUGUGUGGUAAGGACCUCUCCGGGCUCUCCUCCAAUGUUGGUCUGUGGGUUUGGUGGUAGGAAGCGAGUUAGUCACGUCGCUGUCUCGGCCAUUUUGUGAGGGCCGCAUGGUAGCCUUAAACUGUCAGUGCUGGGUCGCCCAGGCUUGCCGCCAAGAUGUUUGCUUGCCUGGUGGGGACCGGGAUAACCCCCGCCGGUCCAAUGGCGGGGUGAACGGAGCCGGGAGGGCGCCAUUUGCGUUGCUGUUCUCAUUACCCGGGGCGGAGAGCGAGGCAGCGGCCGUCCGCUCCACUCCCCUCCCGUGUAGGCCUCAGUCCACUAGCUCCGGAGCAUCUCACCAGGACCCAGAGCCACCCGGUGUCAGGUGCUCUAGCUGCACUGGGACACUCCAGGAGUAUAUACCACGAACUUCCAGGGCAUUCCAAGUUGAGUAAGGUGGGUUUUGUCAACAUUAUUAGCUGGAUUCCUCAGGAGCCAUAGUGACUUGCAGCCUGCUAGCAUGGCCGCCCGGCCCCGCCCCCCUACAAUGUGUUUUUAACAGUUUCUUUAUCAAAAUAGGAAUCUUACUGCCAUUCUGGGUCAUGAAGGAAUUUUUACUAAGUUUGUUGCAAAAUUGGGCAAUGCUUCAAACUAGGAUUUUAUUUUGCCUUCUUUUGAUUUCUCAGCAAGCACAGAUGUGAGGCUAUACUUGAUGGACACAACUAUCUUUUUAUCUGAUGUAGCUACAAGUAUCUGGUACUAAAAGUACCUGUUCUAUGGCACUAUCUGCAUAAAUUCUUUACUCUUACAUGGCUUCUCUGUAGAGAUCAUUUUUUCAUAGAACACAGUGACCGUUUUGUUUUUUUCCCCUCCCACUUUAGACGAAGAGGAGGAAGAAAAUCUGGAUGACCAAGAUGAGCAAGGAAACUUGAAAGGUUUCAUUAAUGACGAUGACGAUGAAGAGGAGGAGGAAGAGGAAGCUAGAAGUGGGUCUGGAUCUGGAGGGUCAGAUGAUGAAGUUGGCCAUAAACGGAGAAAGCGAAGUAAGUCAGGAUAUUAAAAAUUUUCCCUCUGUUGUACAAAGAUCUAGUUUUAUUUUAUAUUUGAACAAAAUAGUGAGCGUCUUUUGCAUUUUAAAUUAAACCAUGUUUUGUAUUUGAAGCCAGUGAGUGCUACUGUGUUCCCCCAAUUUUCUUGUGGAAUCUAAUAGGUUUGCUGUUCAUUUUUUACAGCCUAUGAUGAUCGUUUGGAAGAUGACGAUUUUGAUCUCCUUGAGGAGAACUUGGGAGUGAAAGUCACACGUGUAAGUAUAGCAGCUGUAACAUGAUGUUUUAAAUUUUUAUUUUAUUUUUUAUCUGCAUUGAAAGAAACGCUGCCACUGAGUUUUUCUUAAGGACAAAACCUUUAUGGAAAACCUUAGGCUCCUUUUGGAAUUUUGUAAAAGAGCUCAGGGCAUCUCAUUGCACAUGUGCACAAAGUCUUUUUAGAAUCUCAUCCGAAUACAUCAUACGUAGUAGCAUAACUUUGACUGUUCAAAUACUGGAUAUGCUAAUUUACUUAUUUUAUGCAUUUUUACAAUAAAGUGCACUUAUUUAAAUAGAAAAACUGUCCACAAUAUCACCUCUUUGCCUUGAUUUAACUCUGUUAUAGAUUAGUGUACAGAACACUAAUCACAAAUACUUAAAGGAACACUGUAGCAUUAGGACUACAAACCUGUAGUUCUAGUGCCCUCGUCCUUAGCUUGUCAUAGAGGCUUGGCUUCUUCCGCAAUGGUCCAAUCCAAUGUUCCUCGUAGAAGACCAAUUUUAAAUGGAUGUAGAAAAAUGUCUGCAGACAACCACUUAAAAAUAUAUUUAUUUGCUGCUUGUUGUAUUGCAAGAGCCUUUAUAUUCUCUCUGUACUUUAAAAUAAAAAACAUAAGAUGAGACAUGUUCUUUCAGAAAAAGUUCAGGCGACUUGUAAAGAUGCCUGAUGAUGAAGAUGAGGAGGAAGAAGACUCUGGAAAGGAGGAACAUGAGAAAGAGGCAAUUGCUGAGGAAAUCUUUCAGGAUGGUGAAGAUGAAGAGGGACGUGAGCCUGUGGAGCGGGGAGUUGUUGCCCCCGAAGAGGAAGAGGAGGAAGAUGACGAAGAAUCAGGUAAGACCCUGAAGUUUGGGUUUUCCUCUCCAGUGUUUGUAGAUGGGGUGAGAGGUGCAGUGCUGGGGAAUGAUUGGAUUUUAAAUAUUAAACUGCAUUUUUUUUGAACUUUUUUUAUAUAAUUUUUUUUUUCUCAUCCCUUCCAGAUAUUGAUGAUUUCAUUGUUGAUGAUGAUGGGCAGCCUUUGAAAAAACCCAAAUGGAGGAAGAAAUUACCAGGAUAUACUGAUGCGUAAGUUUUUAGAUCCACACAAUUGUUUGGGUUUUUUUUCGUUUUUUUUUCAAGUAGCCAUUUCAGUUAUAUUUGUUUUUACGGGUCUGGGAUAAAAGCAUUCAGUUGGAAUCAGAUGAAUUUUAUUUAUGUUGGCUUAUUUUAUAUGAAAAAUGCAUGAAUAUUGCUUGCAUUUUAAAACUUGCUUAAUAGCUGUCUGUUUUGAACAUAUUAAAGUGUGAAUUCUGGUUCUGCCUAAUUUUAGUGCUUUGCAAGAAGCUCAAGAAAUCUUUGGAGUGGAUUUUGAUUACGAUGAAUUUGAAAAAUACAAUGAGGAUGAUGAGGAAAUGGAAGAAUAUGACUACGAAGAUGAUGAUGCUGAAGGAGAGACAAGGGUUAGGCCAAAGAAAACAGCCAAGAAGCGAGUAAGCCGGCGUAGCAUCUUCGAGAUCUAUGAACCCAGUGAACUGGAGAGUAGCCACCUUACUGACCAAGACAAUGAGAUCCGGACUACCGACCUGCCAGAGAGGUUUCAGGUAAGCGGAGUGCCCUUUUUAUACAUGGGAUAAUGCAAAGCUUUAUGGCCACAUACUUGCCUUAUGUUUAUCAUCAUGAAAGAAAAUUUUCCCUAUAAAAUUAUUAUUUUUUUUUAUUAUUUUUUUUGUGAGGGGGGUGGUGUUUAGUUUUGGUCCUUUUUCUGCAUCCCAAAUUUCACCUCUAUGCAUGUUUCUGUAAUUUGAGUGUUAAUUACCAUACCUUGGAGAGAGCAUUUCCAAGCCCAUCUACUUACAGUAUGUGUUGGUAGAUGAUAAACCACUGAAUUUUAUUGGAGAAGUCCUAAACCUUUUUAUAAACCAAUAUGAAUGAAUCUACUGAAGUAAAUGUCUUAUAAGAAAAGUUACAAUCGUAAAAUCCAGCAUUGCAGUUUUUAAACUGUAAUUCAGUUGUAAAACAUUCUUUUAUUUUAAGCUGUAUUGUAAUUCUAUUUUUAUGUAUGUAUUUUAAAUUUUUUGUAAUGCAGCUACGCUCCAUACCCGUUAAACCGGCUGAAGAUGAUGAGCUUGAAGAAGAAGCUGACUGGAUAUAUAGAAAUGCUUUUGCAACACCAACAAUAUCUCUACAGGUGACUUGAGAUCAUUGACCUGUUUAGUUAAUGUUGUUUCUCAGUUUAGUUGCUCUCAAGCUGUAGGAUUAAUAUUUUUGAAUGAUUGAGGCACAUUAAAACAGAGGUUUAGAAAUACUUGUCAAGAAAUCCUAUGAAAAACUGUGCAGCAAGCACCCCCGACUGCAUCUCCAGCAGUCUCUAAAUCCACAGAUACAUGAACAAAAAAGAGGGGUGCGCACCAAAGUUUAUUGAAGGACAAUCUUACUACUUUAUCAAGGACAGAUGCAUUGGUAAAGGCGCAAGAGCUCAAAAUGUUUGCUGUACUAAGAUUGUCCUUCAUUAAACCUGGGUAGCACCUUGGGGUGCACAAAUAAUUCUGGUUGUGCACACCUCUUUUAAAUGAUUUAUAUACUGUUUAUUUCAUCCUGGAUACCUCCCGCUAUAGAUAUCAAGCAGAGCUAUUAAGUAAUGUUUAAAAAAAAAAAAAACGUUCCUACAAAGUCUUAAAGGUGCAUCUGUAGUCCAGGUUUUAGCAUAUACCCAUUGGAACAGAAUUGAGAAAUACCUGAAUCCUGUUUACUGUUUUGUCCUUUUGGGAAUGGGAUAAGAACCGCUAGACACUUUUUUUUUUUUUUCUUUUUUUUCUCAAUCUGUGAUACGCAUACCCCGGGGGGAUAUGCACACCGAAAUCGGGGAGAGGUGCGCCAAGAUCCAGCUCAAAAUAUUAAUAGAUUGGCCCUGCCAUCACUCGCAUUACACACAGAGGCAGGUGUCGAGGCAAUUUGACGGUCACCAACAACUUCUGAGCUUCCCAAAUUGGAUAGUUACCUCACCAUAUCUAUUUCUGUGUAUUGGUUUCUGUGUAAAUGUAACUAUUAUGUGUGUAUUAUAAUUUCAUUUUGUGACUUACUUUAGAUUAAUAGUUCAUACAUAAUAUUCACAUUGUCAUUUAUUUUAAAAAUAUUUUUCACUACUUUUAAUUAAGCUUGUUCUCCAAUGUUGGAUUAACUUGCGUAUCAGUGUCUAUAAGUUUCAUUUGGCAUUUUAAUCCGUAGAAACUACGUUCUUGAGGCAGAGAUACUUUGACCUGCAGGGGUACAUCUUGUAUACAUAUAAGAAAUAUAGUGAGUAGGUAAUGCCCUGUAUUAUAAACAUGCACUAUUUAAAGGGCUACAUCUUGUAAAAAGGUUGAGAAACCCUGCUCUAGACUCUAGAUGUAGACUUUUCCUGAACAGAGAGCUAUAGUACUACAUUCACUAAUCAUACCUGUGACUGACUGCACACUCUUAAUCCCAUUAGAAGUCUCCUCCUGAGAAGUCUGCUAACAGCUAAAUGUUUGCCAUGAAAUCCUAUUUGUAAUAUUUUCUAUUUGGCAGCUUUACCCCCAAAUCUGUCUUGUACCGUAAGCCAUAUUGUAUAUCUUUUUAUACAUAUAUAAAAAGGCUUUAUUAUUGUAAGUGCACUGCUGUCUACAUAGAACUUAUGAAGACAGGAUUUAUUUGGUGUAUGUCUUAUGUUUUUUAAUGUAAAAUCUACUUUUGCAGGAAAGCACGGACUACCUGGAACGUGGACAAGUUGGAGCCACCUUCAGCAGGAAGGGUCCAAGCACUAUACAGAAGAUCAGAGAGGCCCUAAAUUUCAUGAGGAAUCAGCAUUUUGAGGUAUUUCACAUGUGAGCUGCUCCCCAAUAAACAACCCUCAAAAGUUGGUGCAAAGAAUAUAUUGUAACAUACUUGCCGUUGGUUUGUUCUAGCGUGCUACACUGCAUAUUUAUAAAGGAGUUAAGCUGAAAAAUUUCAUACAUGCUACCCAUUUAUUUAAUAUAUUGUUACCAUACAGACAGGAACAGCACUACCUCUUUUUUUUUUUUUUUUUAAAUCCUAUAGAAACCGCAAAGAAAUGGUCUUGUCACUCGUUUUUUUGCUUUCUCCUUUUAUAACGUUUCCUUAGCUGCAAUGUCUGAUCAAGGCGGAAAAGAAAUGAAUUCAAAUAAACGUAAAGUUAUGCACCAUUGGUCAGUUUUGCUUGACUUAUUCAUUGAUCAAAUCUAAUUUUCUAUAAAAGUGCCCCAUAAUAUAUUUACUAGUAAUUUUCAAUUUGAAAGCUUUAUGGCAAAUUGGAAUAUUCUACUUUCCUAUCCACUGCUUUAAAGGAUUACUAUUCGAGCAUGAUUUUUCAUGAUUUUUUAUUAUGGUGUUGAGACAUUGACCUUCAGAAGUACACACUGCAUAAUUUAAAUCUGUUAUCUGUAUGAGCCUGGUUAGCUUUAAGGAUCUAAUGCCAUUUCUCAAAUACUUGUACAGUGUUGUUAAACCCUGUUUUUAUGAUCUGGUCAAGCUAAGGUUUUUUGUUUUUCUCUCCAUGCCAGGUCCCCUUUAUUGCAUUCUACAGAAAAGAAUAUGUGGAACCAGAACUUAAUAUUAAUGACUUGUGGCGUGUGUGGCAGUGGGAUGAAAAGGUACAUAGCUUUUCUUUUUUUUGUACUCUGCACCGCCUUUAAUUUGUCAGUUUUAAAGAAUAAUGUUGUCUUUCUCAGUGGACUCAGCUGAGGAUUCGAAAGCAGAAUCUUAUCCGCCUUUUCCAGAAGAUGCAGGCUUACCAAUAUGAACAAAUAUCUGCAGAUCCUGACAAGCCAUUAGCUGAUGGAAUACGACCCUUAGAUACUACAGAUAUUGAAAGGUAAUGGCUCCUUUUAGUAUUUAAAAUUUGAAAAAGUGCGUGUGCUUGUCUUCCAAGUUAUCUGUAUGUAUUAAGGAACUGUUUUUAUAUAACCAAUAAGCUAAAAGAAGUUAAUUGACUGUGCUGCCUAUUCUUCGUAAAACUGAGCAAAAACCUAAACUGUUCUGUAGUCUAGCUUUCACAGCAGUAACUAUUAUCUUUGCUGGAAUAUUGUACAACUACUACACACACACAACUAUGUUCAGACAUCUUUUUUUAGUUAAUUUUUCAUGCUAUACAAAAGCAGAAUUCUAAGCUAACACUAAAGUAUUUGAGUGAGACAUUUAGUAGUUCAACCACCAAAUGCCUUCUCACUAGCAGAAAUAUUAUAGUUGAAGCCAAUUGGAAUCCAUAUUAUAUGGAAUUUAAUGUAUUCUUUAAUUACUAUUCAUAAUUUGAUCCCAAGAUUUAUAACUUUUUACCUUCUUCCCAUGAUUUGCUGCUUAUAAAUUUUAGCCAGUUUUAGAAGUGUAAUAAAUUGAAACACAUUCUUGCAGUGUCCAGUAAACAUUUGAGUCAAUAACUUUUUUUAAAUAAGUAUGACCUUUCUCACCUUAACAGGCUGAAGGAUGUAAGGUCAAUGGAUGAACUUAAGGAUGUGUACAAUCAUUUCUUGCUUUACUAUGGUCGAGAUAUCCCCAAGAUGCAGAAUGCAGCCAAGAUUAAUCAAAAGAAGCUGAAACGAAUUCAGGAAGAGGGAGAAGAAGAAGGUUUGUUAAAAUCUAGAUAAUAUGAAUUUAAAGUGGUGUGAUUGGAAAUAGUGAUAUGACUGAACUGGCCUCCUCUGUGUUGUUCUCUGUGGAAGUUUUUGGGACAUCCUUGCUAGUUAUUUCAAUAGUUGUAUUCAUUUGUUUGGCGCUAUUGUAAAUUAUUAAUGGACCACUAUUGUCACCAGAACUACAGCUUAAUCUUCUGGUGUCUAUAGCAUGUCCAUGCAGCCUCUGCCAUGUAAACGCUGCCUUUUCAGACAAAAUACAUUGUUUACAUUGCUGCCUAGCAACAUCUCUAGUGGCUGUCACACAGCAGCUACUAGAGGGACUACCUGGUUAGGUUCUGCAAACUAUGCAGGAUCUAUGUUGCGUCUCCACUUUGUGCAUGGAGACGCUAAAUGCUCCCAAUAGCGAUUCAUUGAUUCAAUGCACCGCAAUGACAAGAUGCUGAUGGGCGCAGCGUUUUGCCGUGGAUGUGCAAUAGCCUCCCAAUGCUUUCCUAUGGAAAAGCAUUGGAUUGGAUUGGUUGAGAUGACUGAUAAUCUCCGCAAUGCAGGCGUGGCCAGUUGCAGCGAGGCCAGUGAUGGUGAAAAAAAACUGUAAAAUACUUUUAACUCUAUUCUGAGGGGGAUACCUUAUGAUGUAGUUUGGCACUAUAGUGUUUCUUAAUUAGAGGCCAUUUCUAUCUAUCUAUUUUGUUGGCUAUUUUUUUUAAUUUUUAUUUAUUUAUUUAUUGCUUCUUACAUUACAGGUGCUGAAAAUGCAGAACCAGAAGAUGAAGAACAAAAGGGACCUGACUUAAAACAAGCUUCUCGUAGGGAUAUGUAUGCAAUCUGCCAAAGUGCUGGUUUGGGUGAGUUUCAGUUUUCUGUGGUUAAACAAAAAUGUGUUAAAAUGGUUGCAUACAAAUCACAUCUUAAUGAUGUCACUGGGUUAUGCUGGCACUGUAACCACAACUGGAUAAGUGUAGCAAUUAUUGUGCUUAGCGUGCCACCUUAUAGUCCAGAAAUCUUUACAUUUUUUCAUCCCCUUUGGGUUUUCUUUUUAAGGUGACGUCAGUGAAACAAAGACUUACAUUAUGGAAUUUGAGUUAAACUUUUCUUUUGUUCUCUGUUCAGAUGGACUGGCCAAAAAAUUUGGUCUAACCCCAGAGCAAUUUGGAGAGAAUUUGCGGGACAGUUACCAACGGCAUGAAACUGAGCAGUUCCCUGCUGAGCCUCUAGAGCUAGCCAAGGACUAUGUGUGCAGGUGUGUAUUUUUUUUUUUUUUUCAUCCAACAAUGCCAUAUAUAGUCUGGUAUGCAGGUAAACUGUUUGUAAUACUGUCUGUGGCAAUAAAUAGGAUACAGUUCUUUUGAUGGGUAUAGGUUCUCUGAUACUAAUUUAAAGUCCUGUACAUAUAUCCAGGUUUGUUAAUUUAAAGAACACUGUAAGGUUGGUAAUCUAAACAUGUAUUCCUAACACUAUAGUGUUCUACUCCUUAUUUAGACUAGGCCCAUCCCAAUUAUAGAGCUAAAAGGUGAGUUUUACUUUAACUUCUUGACUCUCUGGUCUUGCCCUGGCUGCACCCCACCUCCUUUGCUGAAAUCUUGAAGUCUGGGUGGGACCGGGAGGCCAUGCUAGAAGGCAGAAAUGAAUUUUUUGCUUCUUAGGGAUAAAAACUCAAAUUUCUGUGCUGGCAUGCUGUAGGAAACGUACCACAUGAGUUCUUGCUGUUUCCCCGGUGUAGCUGGAGCACCUAAUAUCAGGUGAUUCUGGGUCACAGAUAUUGACUCAAGCACUUUAGGACUGUUGUCUAACUGGACAGGGAGUGGAGUAGAUGGCUGCUGCUUCACUAACUGAUACAGCGGAAACUUACCUGACACCUUACUAGUCCCGUUCUCCCCCCCCCGCCCCCCCCCCUGCAAUUUGGACCAACGGGGGGUUAUCCAUGGUCCCUACUGAGGAAGCUGCACGUAUUGCUGAUCUGGGGCACAUGCAACUAGGCACAAUAAGCCUAUCCACCAUGCCAGCACCAUCCCACACAGAGAGGAAGGUGAUGAUGGUCGGAAAGGGGGGCUGAGACACUGCCUUUUUCAGGCAAAGCCUCUACUCCUACGCUAGCCACCUGGACUGACUGCCAACUGGGUCGAGGGUCUUGAGUAGACUUCCUCCGAAGAAUUGACCACACCCCGCUGGAACACCCGCUGCAGGCGCCAGCAGAACAUUUGGGCCUUCCACUGUGCUCGUCGUGGGCAUGCCGCGAACUUGCAGGAUAUUCAAGUCCGUGGUGCACGGAUGCUGCCCUCCAUACAGCCCUGGAUCUGGAGGAGGACCCCAUACCGCCUGCACUUCUCCAACAACCUCUAUAGCCUACAUGUUCUUAUGCAUUUACUCUGCCAGGUAUAGGCAUCGGCUGACUGUGGCUGGUUCGAGAGCUUGAAGUUCAUGUGCCGCAUUAUGAGAGUCACUGUCUGGAAUAUCUUCUGCGUUAGUUAGCUCUUGUUAUUUUAUGUUUUUGUUACUCUUUAACAUCUCUCCAGAUCCUAGCGGUAUCCUUAGCAAGCUACAUAACCAUUACUGCACUAUAUCCUGAUAAUCCAGCAUGUUGUGUAGCGCAGACAUCUAUCCAGUGGUUUAUUUCUUCAACUUAAACCCUUGCUUGUACUUUGCUAUUAUAAUUGUUAGGCUCAUCAUGUCUCACUAGUUUUGCCUUUUCCAAGGGUAUUAUCAAAACUACAUUCAGGCAUUUUUACUAACUUGUAUAUUCUCGUUUCUGUUUAUGACAAAAAAAAAGAGGUAUUAUCUAAUUAAAUUGAUACGAUAAGCUAUGCUUGUGCAUAUUUUUCUGUAUGUAAUCCUUUUUUUCAUACCUUAAUAAAAAGAUUGACAAGAAAAAAUAAAAAUCAUGAUUAAUGAUAAGGAAGCAUUUGGGGGUCUAGUGCACAGAUUUGAAAUUUUAUCUUUAAAAGCAAAAUCGCCUCUGUUGGUUUUUGGAAAAACAGUCACCAGAGACGUGUUAACCUUGCAAUGAAAACAUUGCAGUUCCUGGUAUUUUGCCACCAGCUACUUCACCAUAACAAGUUUGUGUUUACAUUUGGGAAAACCCAGAUUAGAGGCCUCAUUAAUUUUUUUUGUGUCCUAAAGAUGCUACUUUGCUUCUCGAGAUCUCACAGUGUGUGUUUGUAUUGCAGUCAGUUCAGUACACCGGAAGCAGUACUUGAAGGUGCCAGGUACAUGGUUGCUCUGCAGAUUGCAAGGGAGCCUUUGGUGAGACAGGUUCUGAGACAGACCUUUCAAGAGAGAGGAAAGGUUAACAUUAGCCCAACCAAAAAGGGACGUAAAGUAAGUAUUGACAUUCUCACCAGUUUAUUUUAUUUUGUUCUAACUCUUUAGUAGAUACUGAGAUUCAGGUCUAUUAAGCUGAUUAAAUAAAAUUUUUGCUUGCAUAUUAGAAAUGAUGUAGUAAAAAUACAUGAUAUAAUCAAUGUCAGGCAUAUGCUAUACACUCCUGAUUUGAGCAGUAGAAAUAGACAAAAUCAGAGCUACCUAUCCUUUGUAUGUUACCCAUACUUUUCUACAUAUGCUGACGCUGCUGUCUUUUGCACAGCAUGCAUUACCUCUUACAAAUGCUCAAAAGAAAAUGUGUUUUAUAAUUAUCAGGAGGUUGAUGAAGCCCAUUUUGCAUAUGCCUUCAAAUAUCUGAAGAACAAGCCUGUGAAAGAGCUGCGUGAUGAUCAGUUCCUGAAGAUGUGCAUUGCAGAGGAAGAAGGAUUGAUCACUAUAGAGUUCUGCGUUGACAUGAAAGAUGUAGAGGGGUGUGUAUUAUGUUCAUGGUCUGUUUGUAGUGAUAUAUGGUGAAUAGGUUUUCAGUUUCAUAUUUUUUGUGUUUGUUUUGUGUAAUCAUUACAAUGUAAACUUGUAUGUUUCUUCUUUCCCUCUACUUUUACAACCCGAUGGCACUGCACAAAAGAUCUUCUCAAGAUAUCCAUUCCACAAUUAAGUUAUUUUAGGGGUACUUUUCUGCAUUUUUCAGUUUGUGUCCUAUUUUAUAAUCUGGGAAGAUGAACACUGUAAUGUGCCAAAAGUAAGGAAUUUAAUUGCAGGUAUAUUACAUUUAUUAAACUGUUUUUAAAGGGAUUCUAUUGUGCCAGGAAAACAAACCCGUUUUGCUAGCACUGUAGAAUCCUGCAGUGCCCCCUCCCGUGCGGCUGAAGUGUUUAAAACCCCUUCAGUCACCUGAAUCCAGUGCUGAUGUCCAAUCAGCCAGCAGGGGAGACCUAAUGCGCAUGCGUGACAAUGACCGCGUUUGCAUUAGUAUCUCCCCAUUGGAAAGCAUUAUUCAAAACUUUCCAAUAGGGAAAAACUGAUGCUGGUGAUCCUCAUGCAUAAGAGUCCCUCUAGUGGUUGUCUGGUAAACGGCCACUAGAGGAGAAGUUAACCCUCACUUUUGAAAUACCUUAACUUUUUUUAUUUCAAGUCUUCCAUUAGAACCUGUGUAACACCAGAUGUGAGCAGGCUCUAAGUACCUUACUGAAUAAAACAGAGACUGAGUAGCACAGCUCAGGAUAAUCUGGAAAACUAUGAUCUAUGGGAGUGUGUGGGUUUUUUGAGGGGGGGGGGGGUUUAAGAUCUUCCUUGCAUUAUUUUAAUCUCACUUUUUUUCACAGAUAUGGCUCAGACCAGACCUACUUUGAAGAGAUAAAACAAUUCUAUUACCGAGAUGAGUUCAGUCACCAGGUGCAGGAGUGGAACAGACAACGCACACUGGCCAUCGAGAGGGCUCUAAAACAAUUCCUAUACCCUCAAAUGGGCAAAGAACUAAAAAGCAAAGUUCUCCUGGAGGCCAAGGACUUUGUUGUCAAGGUGAAAAUGUGUGACCUUAUGCUUGCUUGAGUGGUUUUAAGGAUAAUGUAUGUAAAGUGGCUAAAACCUCUGAUAUUCUCUCCCACUACAGGCCUGCAGUCGUAAGCUCUAUAACUGGUUGAAAGUAGCGCCAUACCGACCUGAUCAGCAGGUAGAGGAAGAUGAUGAUUUUAUGGAAGAAAACCAGGGAAAAGGAAUCCGUGUACUUGGCAUGGCUUUCUCCUCUGCCAGGUUGGGGUUAUGUUUGGAAUUUGGUGGUUGUUUUAUUGUUUGACCAAAAUUUUACUUUAUGUAAGGGGACAAACCCUUAAACUAGAGCAUCUUACUAGUCCAUUGAAGCAUCAAAUUUUUAUUUUUAUUUUUAUUUUUUUUCAUUUUAAAUGUUUUUCAGAGACCAUCCAGUGUUUUGCUCUUUGGUUAGUGGUGAGGGUGAAGUCACAGACUUUCUACGACUGCCAUACUUUACCAAAAGGAAAAAUGCUUGGAGAGAAGAGGAGAGAGAGCGCAAGGUGAGCGAUUUCCUAGAAAACUGCUAUAUGAUGCUGCUCUUGUGAAUACAUUAUUACUGCACCUGUAAUUUAGUUUCAAUAAGUUCUCAAGCAACAGAUAUACUCCAGCUAUUUGUUAUCCCUAGGCAGGUGACAAAUCUAAAUACUGCAGGGGGUUGCUUGAUUUCUGCAAUAUUUUAAAUAGAACGUGUGAAAUUUAUGUUCUUACGCUGCAGGCACCAUCUUCUGAAUGUAGUAGAGCGUUUUAGAAUGCUGUUUUAAAAGGAUAAAACUCCUAUAUGGUUACAGAAGUUAAUAGCAACUUACAAAAAACUAAAACUUUAUUCAUUUUGUAUACCUCACGGACGGUGCUUGCCAGUUCUGUGUAAUGGGACUCUAAAUGCACCCAAAAUACACGCCAACUCCCUAAAUUUUGUACAAGCAGGGUCCCAACUAUGUUGCUUACUCUCUUUAAAAUGAAUAUGUAUAUCUGAGGCCAGCAGAGAUAUUACUAGAUGUUAUAUCUGACAAAAUUAGGUGAUAUACUUGCACAUAAUUUACUUUUUUAUUAGUCUGUCUUUUUUUUUUUUUUUUUUUUAAAGGACAAUUUUAUUUAUAAGACCUUGUUAAAAAAUGUAUUUUAGGCUCAUGAUAUGGAGGCUCUAAAAAAGUUUCUAAUCCAGAAGAAGCCUCAUGUGGUGGCUAUUGCCAGUGAAAACCGGUAAGUUAGAUCUUAUUGUUAUCAAUAUUUAUAGUUUUUCUUCUUCUGAAGUAAUGGUAUUGUUUAUGUGGAUUACCAGACACUGAAAAGUUAAUUUACAUUUAGUUGUCCCUUCCCCUCUCAAAUUACUGUUUCUUUUCCAUAUUUGAAUAUUAGAACAGUUUUCAAAUGAUGAUUUUCACUUAUGUGUUUGACCCAUACACAAUUAACUGUAAUUGUAUAUCCGCAAAUUUCCAAAAUGCUGCUCGCUGACUUUUUUUCCUUUGCUCCAGAGAUGCUCAAAUGAUCGUUGAAGAUGUUAAGCGCAUUGUUCACGAAUUGGAACAGGGACAGCAAAUGUCAACCAUUGGAGUGGAAAUGGUUGAUAAUGAACUGUCUAUGCUCUACAUGAACAGCAAAAAGUCUGAGGUGAGUGGCAUUUCCAGCAACUGUUUGAUUUCCCCCACCCCCUGUUUACAUAAAUUUUCUGCCAAACCCCUUAAGAACGCAUCUUUAAAAAUUGGACUUACCCUUAAGGAUACAAGCUUUUUUUUUCUUUUUUUUGCUGUUUGUGUUCAAACACAAUUUGCAUCUCUCUCUUAUUGCACCAACACACAUUUUAUAUGCUGUUUUUUAGAGGGCAAAAGGGGCUUUAAUUUGAUGUGACCUAUACAUAGAUAAAUUCUCAUUGAAGUGGCACUCUACUGCCGAACUUAACUUUCCCCAAUCGAUUCCUCUUCUCUCCCUCUGUCAGGAUCUGUUCAUUUCUUCCUGUCUGCUCUAGUUUUUGUUAAAACAUACGUCAAAGUAGGGAUUAUUUUUCUUAUGGCGGUUUCCUACGCAUGACCAUCUCUGAGCAGCAGAGGAGCAAAGUAUGCUUCAUUUCCGGUGGUCAGAGAAAUUUUUCUAUAGUUCUCACCUUUCCUUUGUGUUCCCGCGAUGCUUCCUUUCACUUUUCCCGAAUGUUCUGUCACUUAGAACGCCGGCGCAACUACCGAAUUGCGUCCUAACAGAAUGAGAAUAGAUUCUCUAUUCAUGUGAGGACGCAUUUCGGGACUUAGUUCGUAUCGGAUUUUCAUUCUAAAGAAUGAAUUUCCGAUCCUAUUCGUGCUGCCGCUUAGUAGAUAACUCCCUAAUUCCCACGGUGUCCGGGAGCUAUCUACCAAAAGGUUGAAAGACCUAAAUUGGUCUUUCAGACAAAUUUACGAAUACUAAGUAAAGAUUACUUAGUAUUGGUAAAUUCUUCCCCUCCUUGCUAUAUCGCGAGUAGGGGCAAGUCUAUUAAACAGGGAGCAGCUUUUAAAUCAAUAAAUAAAUAAUAAAAAAAAUAACACAACCCUAGUACCCCCCUCCCCCCCAAUGCACCCACGCCACGCGAGUGGGGGCUAUUAAACUGAUGGCGGGGUGGGGGGGGUUCCGUCAUCCCCACACCCAAUUCAAAAAUUAAUCAACCCCUACCUACCCCCUCACCCGAAAAAUAGUGAGGGGGGAGAAUAAAAGAAGUACCUGUAAAAUAAAUAAAUAAAAUUGCCAUUUCAUGUAUUUUUUUUUUCCUAAAAUCUUUUUUCAGCCCCAAAAAAGGCCAAACAAAAACCAUAAUACUUGUCGAACUUGAAAAAAAAAAACCCUGAGCGGCGGGUGGGGGCCCUAAACAGCAAUGAGGGAGGGGGGGACAAGCCAGAACAUUGACUCCAUUAGGGUCCUUCUCCCCCUUUGGACCGAUGGGGGGCAUCCCGGUCCACCCUGAAGCCCUACUACCAGCUUACUAGCAAUGUCUGCUACCUGCAUUGGGGGACUCGCUUACCGAACAAGAUGGGGGUCAGUCUAUUCCUCCCUCCACGGAGAUGGUGGUCUCUCGGGGCUCUUGGCGCCUCAUGUGGGCAGGGCAACACAUGACUCACAGGUGCUAACAAUCGACACUGAGGCAUACUGCCGGAAGUACCGACCUCUCCCUCUCCACACGCCACCUCUUGGCUUCGCAGCAUCAGCUCCCACAUUCCAUGGUGGAAUCACAAGUCACUCCACAACCUCAAGUGACACACAGCUCCUGGCUAGCAAGGCUAUUUGAUGGCUGUCCUCCAACAGACUCAUGUCUGAAAAUGUGGACUCUAACCGACCAGCGGCGGGGGAUGGGAAUCCCUACCUGGGGACUGGGAUGACUCUCCAUGCAUCCAGUCGAGUGGAUACACACACUUGUUUAACUGGCUGUGUGAUGCCGAUGGCUCAGGGGUCAUAAUUGCAUAUCCGCUUCUCUCCUAUUGAUUUAAUUCUAAUGCCAUACUGUUUAACUUAAGAUUUAUUUCCCUUUAAAAAAAAAAAAAAGUGCAGGGUCUACGACAUAUGAGACAGACUUUUCUUGUUAAACAUGCUUACGCUAAUGUGUCUCAACAAUCCUGUAUUUUAUCCAUGCACUACAAAAAUAAAGAGAAAAAAUAAAAAUUAUGUUCAGUUACAUCUUUUGAGUAAAACAAUAUGCCCAAUGUAUGACCUAGACCAGGGGUCAGCAACCUAUGGCACUCUAGGUGCUUUUAAACGGCACUCAAGGCUGCCAAAGCUAAACUGGCUCUGGCCCAUCAAGAGUCCUUAGUACAAACUGAGUGGCUAGGGGCAGUCCUCUUUUUACGCAUUUCAGCACUUAUUGAAGGUAACCUCAGAUCACUUUAUCCCAGUACUUGUGAAUGGGAAUCCGCACUGGAUUAGAGCAGCCCACAGAAGCUAUUGCAGCUCCUCCUCCCUCCUGACCGCAGGGAAGCCACCCACACUGCUAGAUAUACACUGAGCUUUAGAAUAACUUAACCCUUGGCGGUUAAAAGAAAAUAAUCAGAUUACAGUAAAAUGUAGUCACUGUCAAAUGAUCACUGUAGCCAGUGAUCAAUUGGCAGGGAAGGGAUUAAGUAAGCAGGUGAUAGGGGGGUGGGGUUUUAACUUUUACUAAAAAAAAUUUCACGGGAGAAGAUCAGCAGCACUAAUCCGUCUCCGUGCACUUCACACGGACCGCGGAAGCACAGGGAGGCGGAUCAGAAGUCUCUGCAGCACAUGGGCUCGCUAUGACAGCAUGUCAGAGCAAUCACAGCUGCAGGGACAGUGUGACCGGGUGCUCCCCAUCUGCCUCGAAUACCGUGGCAGACCAGAGCAGCGUUAAACCUGCGAUCGCGGUGAUGUUGGUUAAUUUUAGCGCAUGACGGACUGCAUCCGGCGCUAAGGGGUUAAAUGUUAUCCUGACACACUUGUGAUUACUUUCUCCCUUGAUCCAAUGCUGUUAAGAUACAAAACAUCCUGGCAACCAUGUCUUCUGUAAGCUUAGCAGUGGUGCUAAAUAACCCUUUGGCUAUAAUGCCACUCCUGGUAGCUAAUUAUUUUUACCUACAUUUAUAUUGGUAGGUUAAGAAUUAAGUUAUGUGGUUUUGUUUUUUUAGAAUGACUUAUUUUUAUUUUUUAUUUUUUUUCUAGGUUUUCAUUGGCAUCUAAAUAAAAUGUUCACUUAUUAAAAUAUUUCAAUAUUUGUUUAUUCAGAGUGAUUUCCGGGAUUACCCACCCGUUUUAAGACAGGCUGUUUCCAUUGCUCGACGUAUUCAGGACCCUUUAAUUGAGUUCUCCCAGGUGUGCAGCUCCGAUGAAGAUAUCCUGUGCCUGAAACUGCACCCAUUACAGGUAAAUUGAUAGUGUAGACAUUUAUGUCUGUGUCCUUUUCCAGUUCUGCCUGGUCUAACUUUUUUUAUUUUUUUAUUAUUUAUUUCACUAGGAGCAUGUGGUGAAGGAGGAGCUGCUGAAUUCCCUAUAUUGUGAGUUUAUCAACAGAGUCAACGAGGUGGGAGUUGAUGUGAACAGGGCCAUCGCUCACCCUUACACACAAUCGCUUAUCCAGUAUGUUUGUGGCCUUGGACCACGUAAAGGCACUCAUUUGCUCAAGGUAAGCAUUAUUUCAUAUCCAGUUCAUGAUUUUAUUAUAGUCUGUGUUCCUGUAAACACACUAGAUAAAUAGUAUAGAUUUUAUGUCAUAGGGAGUUUACUAAAGUCUUUACUUCUCUCUAUAACCUAUUCUAAUUCCAAAAAAUUACAUAGCAAUAUAAACUGAAUACCUUAAUUUCUGCUGCAUUUAUUGAGCUAUGAGAUUGUGCUAAGUUUUGGGCACAGUACCUGCCUUGUUUCAAAUAAUUUUCUUACCCAACAGAUUCUAAAGCAGAACAACACUCGACUGGAAAAUCGCACACAAUUGGUCACCAUGUGUCACAUGGGACCUAAAGUCUUCAUCAACUGUGCUGGCUUCAUUAAGAUAGACACAAACUCUCUUGGUGACAGGUUUGUUCAGAAAGUUUUUUUUUUUUUUUGUUUGUUUGUUUGUUUUUGUUUGUUUUUUUAAAGUGGCCCUUAAAUUUCCAUGUUUAGAAUUUUUUUUUUUUUUUUUAAACUAGUAUAGAAGGAUUUUGCAUUCCUAAAGUUUUAAUCCUUUUAUAGAAAUGUUUUUGAAAUCCCCACUCACUUGGUUAUUUAAAAAAAAAAAUUAUUAUUGGCACUAAAUGUAAUGCUGCCGUGGGAACUGAGAGAAGAGACCGUUAUUAUAUAUGGAGUCCACAAAAUGGCAUGGAGAGUUCUAUCUGGAUCCUGUCCUAUCAACUGGAUUGAGGAGCUAACCCAUAAAUUUAAUGCUGCCAUGAUUAGCCAGGAACUUACUAUAUCUGUAGAUAUCACACCAACGUAUCUGAAAGUAACCUAUUACAUCUCUUGUGUAUUGAUGGCUUGCCUUUUCUCACUUACUUGUUGAACCUUUUCUGUAAUUGUUGAUAAGGAAAAUCUAAUGUUUUAGUUAUCAGUGAAAUUUAGAUUCCCUCAGUAUGUAAAUGUUCAACACAUUCAUGAGAGAGAGAAAAAAGGAAACAAAUAGUUCUUAAAUUCCCAUUUUAUUUUAUUAAUUUUGAUUGUCAUCUUUUCAAUCUGAAGUGCAACAAAUAAAAACUGAACAAAUGUUUGCGGAAUAAAGGCACAGCUUUCAUGCUUAUGCAUGAUUUGCCUUUUCUGGCUAUGCCUUCCUUAAUUGUUUGUAUUACUCAUUUUAGCACGGACUCUUACAUUGAAGUGUUGGAUGGUUCUCGAGUUCAUCCUGAGACUUAUGAAUGGGCAAGGAAAAUGGCAGUUGAUGCUUUGGAAUAUGAUGAGUCCGCCGAGGACGCCAACCCUGCAGGUGCUCUAGAAGAAAUUCUUGAAAAUCCAGAGCGGCUGAAGGACUUGGAUUUGGAUGCCUUUGCAGAAGAACUUGAAAGACAAGUAUGUUUGAAUGAAUUAACUCAAGAUUAACUUUUUUUGUAGGAGAACAUUUAAACCAGGGUUAGGCAACAGUCCGCAAUCCAGAUAUUGUAGACUAAAUCUCCUUUGGUUUGCCAGCAUUGGCUGUAAGAGUAUUAUGGGGGAUGUAGUCUACAAAAUCUGGAAUGCCAAAUGUUGCCUACCCCUGAUCUAAACUGUCAAGCAAUUGAUUUUUGAUGUAUGUAAUUUCUGUUUUUCUCUUUUUACUAUAGGGCUAUGGUGAUAAACAUAUUACAUUGUAUGAUAUUCGUGCCGAGCUCAGUUGUAGAUACAAAGACCUCCGGACACCUUAUCGGUCAUCAAACCCUGAGGAAAUCUUCAACAUGCUUACCAGGGAGACACCGGAGACAUUCUAUAUUGGUAAUUUGUUACCUCCACAAUCUUAGUACUAUUUUUUUUAUCUAUCUAUCUAAUUAUUGUAAUGGCAAAAUAAGAUUAUAAGUGAGUAUUGUAGUGUCUAUAACUUUCUUUUCGUCUUACACAUUACAAAUAUUGGCUAAUUUUAACUACUAAUUUGGGUCUUUAUUCUUACAGGCAAAUUGGUUACCUGUAAUGUAACUGGUAUAGCUCACAGACGCCCACAAGGAGAAAGUUAUGAUCAAGCUAUUCGUAAUGACGAGACAGGACUUUGGCAGUGUCCAUUCUGUCAACAGGAUAACUUUCCAGAGCUCAGCGAGGUAUAAUGCCAUACACGUCUGAAAUGAUUGCAACAGUGCAAUGUUCUAUGAGCUAAAAGUUCACUUGGCUUCUUUUCUGUUUUUACAGGUAUGGAAUCAUUUUGACAGCGGUUCCUGUCCUGGUCAAGCAAUCGGUGUGAAAACGAGGUUGGAUAAUAGUGUUACUGGCUUCAUUCCAACUAAGUUUAUCAGUGACAAAGUGGUGAAGCGGCCUGAAGAACGAGUAAAGGUAUUAACUGAAAAUGAAAUUCACAUAAAAAAACUAAUCAGACAUGCCUUUCUAGAAGGGCAUGUAAGUAGAAUCAUCCGUGCCAAGCUAAAUUGAAUCACCCUUAUGCCCCUCCCUUCUGUAAAGUACAGAUACCAGUAGUAAACAUUAUUGCUGAGGCACUUGAUGAUUAAACCAUGCAACCAUGCAAUCACUGGAAUCCUCAUGCCUUUGAUUAAGUGAACAAAUGAGCAAUACUAUCUUUACUAUAUCUUUAAGUGAUCCUGUCAUGACACUAGUGCUCUGGCUAGAGCUGUACCCCCAGCAUGUGCCUUGAAGUUAUUGCUUAAGAGUAGGAGAUCCACUUGUAGGAGGGUUCUCCUUCUUCACUCUGAGACUUCCCAUCAUUUGAAAGUUAUCCAACAAUAUUAAAUCAAGGGACAUGUUGGUAGCACAACGUAUGAUGGAAUUUAAUGUUUAAUUGUCGGUUAGCUUAUUUGUAGUAAGUGCCCUUUAAACUAUAUCAUGUCUGUGGCUAGGUAAAAGUGUAAAUAAAACAAACAAAAAAAAAUUCCCCCCCUCUUAACCUUUGCACACUUAUAAUUUGUGUACUCUAGGUGGGUAUGACAGUCCAUUGUCGGAUAAUGAAAAUCAACAUUGAAAAGUUCAGCGUUGACUUGACAUGCCGCACAUCUGACUUAAUGGAUAAGAACAAUGAAUGGAAACUACCUAAGGAUACGUACUAUGACUUUGAUACCGAAUCUGCACAUCACAAACAAGACGAAGAGCUCAAGAAAAAACAGCAGCGGACAAGUGAGUAGCCACCACAGUUAAUGAAAGCACAUUGAAAGAUAAUUAAUUUAGAAAUACAAAACGUAAAUCUCAUGUAGCGUUGCAAAAAACACUUCUUAAAGGGACACUUCUGAGCAUCAUAGCAACUUUGGCUCCUUGUCUGUUGUGGUGCAGGGAGGUACCAUGACAGCUUUUUCAUAUUCCCUUUUCUUUGCAGUUCUUUCUAAAAUUCCCUGCAAACCAACUUUCCAAGUAUUGACUGUGUUGUUAUUCAAAUUCACUCUCUAGCUUACAUAAAACGUGUCAUCGCACAUCCUUCAUUCCACAAUAUAAACUUCAAGCAAGCCGAGAAGAUGAUGGAGACCAUGGACCAGGGAGAUGUCAUCAUCCGACCAAGCAGCAAAGGAGAAAAUCACCUAACCGUGACAUGGAAGGUGAGCGAAGGCAUCUACCAGCAUGUAGAUGUGCGUGAGGAGGGUAAAGAGAAUGCUUUCAGCCUUGGAUCUACUCUCUGGAUAAACACUGAGGUAAGAUGAAUGUUAUAAACCUACUCCUUUAAUCAGAAAUAUUUAAAAAAAUAUAUAUAUAUAUUUUCUCUUCUGGCAUUGCUAUUAGUAUAAGUAAAUUUUCCUGAAUACACAGUCCAGCAGAGUUUCUAGAAUACAAUUUCAGACCAAAAUGCAUAGUCUAUUAUUGCUAUAUUUAAGUUUAUUCUGCUUUGGCACUUAGAUUGUGGAACUUACAAAUUUGGAAAGUUACUUUUUGCUUUUAGGCGUGAAUAAACAUUGUGGGGAUUUUAAGCGAUGAUAUUCCAGUAAUUCUGUGUUAAUUACUAGUUAAUCAGGCUUAUUUGUUGGGGUUUUGGGACAUAUCCGUAACUUUUUCUUUAAUGGGCAUUUAUAUUUUUGGUUGAUAUAAAAAUCUAGGAUUACAAACAUUUGAUGUUGCCAAUCUCAUAUGCAUCAUAAAAUCUUGUAUCAGAAUUUUAUUUUAUUUUUUUUGUUUUCUGUAAAGAGUUUUAUUUGGGUAUUUGUAAAUGUCUUUGUUUAAAUGUAACACAGGAAAUUUUCUUUCUGCAGGAAUUUGAAGACCUUGAUGAAAUAAUCGCUCGCUUUGUGCAACCUAUGGCUUCUUUUGCAAGGGAUUUAAUAAACCAUAAAUAUUAUCAAGACUGUAACUGUGGAGACAAAAAGGUGAGUGAUGUUAACAAUAGAUUUAUUAUUAAUUAGAGCACAGAUUGUUUUGGGAAUUAAUUGCAGCACCAAUGUAAACAAAAAAAGUUAGCACAAUAUCCUUCUUGAAAUUAUUCCUUAAAGUGUAAUGUAAUACAUUUUUAUAAUUCCUAAGCAGAAUCCUUAAUGUAGACCUGUUGUUUAAAAUUAGACCUUCCUUAAAUAUGUUCCUUUUACUUUAUAAUGGCCCAAAAUUGUGUCACUUUACUUGCCUUCUGCAAAGCUUCAUCAAGUUUUCAGAUUUGCCGCUUUCCUAACCGUUCCAGCACUGCCGUAAGCCAACCUUUGUGAAGCUUCUUCUCAGUCCUGCCUUUGUUUGGGCACACACAUUGUUGUAAUCUUGUUAGUGCUGCCCCUUCACAUUGUGUACACAGCGUGUAGUAGCCUCACCUGGUUAGGGGGAAAAAGUGCUCCUCUCUGUUUACUGACACAUCUUAGUGUGCCUGUAGAGUACUAGCAUGUAUUGCCUCCUGCAUUGUAUUGUAGCGUUGCCUUGGUAACGCUGAGGCUCACAUAACAUAUGCACUCUUGAAUAGAGAGGCUGGCUUCCUUGCAGACAGGCAUCAACAUAAUCUGCCUGCCAAGGAGGGAACUGGCACAAUGCAUAGAUGAAAUCUAAUGAGAAUUUCAUGUAAGUGAAAUGUAACAAGUCAGGUAUGCUUUAAAGCAGUAAUGGUUGGUAUUUGCCUCUUUAGCUCAUUUGGGCUAUAUUUCCCAUGCAUGAUCAUUGCAUGGAACAGCCUGGACAAAGUUUAAACCACACAUUCAAUCAUUACACUAAAUUUCCCUUCUGUAUGUUAUAGCAGUUAAGGUAUAACCAGCGUUUGUGCUUUGUAUUUAUUUUUCUGCAUUAUGGCAUACCUGUUCGUGUUUAUUUAUGAACUCGUUUUCUUUUUCUUUUGUCAGAAAUUAGAGGAGCUUUUAAUUAAAACCAAGAAGGAAAAGCCAACAUUCAUUCCAUAUUACAUCUCUGCGAGUAAAGAACUUCCUGGGAAAUUCUUAUUGGGAUAUCAACCACGUGCAAAACCAAGGUGAGUGUUUUCCAGUGCUCCCUAGUCCACUAGUGUUAUCUUUAUUGACUCUGGAUAAAAAAAGCAGAUGGACAGGAUAUAACUUUGCUUGCUGUAUUGUGACCUAUUUCUAGAAAGAAAAAAAAACAUUUGAUUUUCUAAAUGAACAAGAAUUUAAACUUCAUCCCCAUACUUAAUAAACUAUGUUGUGUUGGUUACAUUUACGUUAACUGAUCAUUAUGCCUUCAAACAUAGGGUUGAGUAUGUAACUGUGACACCAGAAGGAUACAGAUACAGGGGGCAGAUAUUCCCUUCUGUGAAUGGACUUUUCCGAUGGUUCAAAGACCACUAUCAGGACCCUGUGCCAGGUGAGUGUUCUGUCCUAUGCCACAGUUAUGUUUGUUUGAUUAGAACUUAAUAAUGUAAGUGUUUCUUCUUGAAAUGUCAGGUUCUUUGGAUCAGGUUUUGGUAUCUUGGUUUAACUACAUAUUUUCACACUUGCCACUAAUGUGUGUCUGGCCAUAUUUGACAUUGUCCAUUUUGUUGGCAUUUUUGGAACUUUUAUUAGCUUUGCAUAACAGAAGAUUGAUUAUAGGAAAUGACCUAAAAGUAGCAUUUUAGUUUUAUGUAAAAAAUAGCACUUGAGUGCUAUUCCUAAAUUGUAAGCUUGUUUGAGUAGGACCACCUUCAGGUCUUGUUUGUUCCAACUUUUGUUUUUUGUCUGACAAUUUCUUGUUAAAUCACCCCUUUGUAAAAUUUUACCUUUUUAGUCUUUAUGCAUCUGCCAUAUCAGAAGUGAAAGACUCUAAGUAGAACCCUAAAAUGCAGUGUCCACAUCCUACAGCAUUUAUUGAUGCAAGGAAUCUCGACCACACAUUUUAAUGAAUCUCAGGCUAGUAGCAAAUUAUUGUACACUUGCCUUAUUUUAUGUAUAAUUCACAACCUAGAGAUGUGUGUAUGCUUUGAACUAACACAGCACCAGUCGCUACUGCCUCUUAGUAGCAAAAGAAACAUAUGUAUCCGUGGUCUAAGAUUUGAUUCAUCUAGAGUUCUCUUCUGGGUUUCUGGCAGGUAUUACACCGAGCAGCAGCAGCAGAACUAGGACUCCGGCCUCCAUGAGUGCCACUCCUGCCAAUAUCAACCUUGCAGGUGAGUGAACCAUGCCAGGGUCUUCUAAUUAAAUCCGAUAGUCAUUGAUAUUUGUUCUAGAACAAGAAUCCUUAUUUAUUUGAAUUUACAUUUUUUUUUCUUCUGUUUUUAGAUCUAACACGAGCUGUCAAUGCCCUUCCUCAAAACAUGACCUCACAGAUGUUUAAUGCCAUUGCUGCUGUAACGGGACAGCAUGGGCAAAAUCCCAAUGCAACACCCGCCCAGUGGGCAUCUAGCCAGUAUGGUUUCGUGGGAGGCAGCGGAGGGGGAAGCAGUGCUUAUCAUGUAAGUAGAUCAGAAGGAACUAUAAAAAUUAAACCAAAACACAGUGGAACAUGACUAAAUAAGAUUCUAUGAAUUCUAAGUUAAACUAAAUAUAGAACUAUAACAUAUUAUGUUAUCAAUGCAUGUUGCUUAGGGUGCAAUUCUAGGUGGUCACACACAUUACGAAAUUUAUAUUGCCUGAGAUUAGCAUAUAAAUUUCCACUGAAGCAACUCCUCAGAUGUUACUUCAUAAAACUAUUGCUUAUUGUUGUCUCUUAAUAUAUUACAUUUUCCUGACCAAUUUAUGUAUGAUUUUAAAAAUAAAUUCAUUUAAAAUAACAGACUUUAAUAAGGAAUGAGGGGAAAAAAAAGAACAAAAUGAUUUUGUUUUUGUUAACUGUUUAAUAACUUUUCAUUUUAAUUAUUGUUCUUAGGUCUUCACGACUCCAGCCCAGCAGCCUGUUGCCACUCCUUUGAUGACUCCAAGCUAUUCCUAUGCCACCCCAAGUCAGCCAAUCACAACUCCUCAAUACCAUCAGCUUCCUCCCAGUGCCACACCCACCCCAGCACCUACUCCUCAAUCUUCUCACUCGCAGAGUUCCUCCAGUUCCAGUUCUAGACACAGGCAACAAUCCAAGUGAGUAUACGGGGUAGCAGUAAUGGCCACUACAGCUACUGACAAAAACAAGUUAUAACAUUAGGAACCAUCUGAGCUUCAACAACCUGCAAUUUAUAUCUGUCAAUUGAUUCAACAGCCCCCAUUUCUUCUUAUAUGUGCACCCUGCAGCUUCCUGUUUCACAGAUUACAAAGACAAACUAGGCUCUUUAAAAGUUAAUUGGAUAUACUGUGCAAAUGUCACUUUGAUUAAUGAUUUGCAAUGAAUACAUAGAUUCUCACAGUGCUUUAGAGAAGGGGAAACACGGUUCUGGUUAUACACAAUAGAUAUUUUCAUGUGAAUAAUAUUUGCCAACUAUUCAGUGCGUUGAGAACAUUUCUUUACUGGCAAGUCCAGGACCAAUAGGUAUAAUUAAUUUCUGGAGACAUUGUGUUAUAACAUGGCUCUCAUUUCUUCAUAUAAUCAUCCCAUACUUCUUAUUAAAUUUCUUGUCAUGCAGGUAGCACAGAAAUUUCUUCUAUUAACUUCCUUUGGCCCAAUUAGUUUUUUUUUCAUUUUCAUUGUUUUGAUAAACUGCAGCAAUGACUAUUGGCAUAGCUUUGCAUUCAGUUAUAGGUAAAACUUGGAAUACAAUUGUUUGUUCCUCAUGUUGGUAUAUUAAUUUGUUGCUGAGAAUCUGGUUAUCAUGCCAAUUAUCCCAUUUGUCUCUUAUCAGGUCAAACAGCCAUACUGCGAUCGAUUGGGGUAAAAUGGCAGAACAGUGGUUGCAGGAGAAGGAAGCAGAGAGGCGGAAACAAAAACAAAGGCUAACCCCGCGCCCAUCUCCCAGCCCCAUGAUUGAGAGUACACCAAUGUCGGUCGCAGGGGAUGCCACUCCACUACUGGAUGAAAUGGACCGAUAGGGCUGUUAACAUGUAAACAAAUAAACUUUCAAAAGGACAGAUGGAACUUUUACCCCUCACCCCAUUUUAUGUUUGGAUAUUAUGUAAAAUGGUUCCCUAGCUCACUAUUGAGCCUAAUAAUGUUAAAGGGCCACUGUGUGCAAGGCGACAAAUGAGAUGCUUGGACCUCCCGUGUGAAGCGUGCAUUUACUUGAAUACAAGAGAACCUUUUUCUCUGUCACAGCAAGCCUCAGUAAUGAAUGGAUUCCAUAUUGUAGCAUUUUCCCUUCCUACAGAAGGGUUAACUAACUACACAAAAAUUACCAUGAAGGGAAGUAAAAAAGAUAUCCCUGUGAUUAACCGUUUUUAUGAGCUAUGUUUUAAACCCAGAACGGGCAUCUGUUUUAUUUCUAAGCAUUGUGUAUUCUGCCAAAGAAUGCAAAAAAAAAAAAAAAAAACCUAUGUGGAGGUCUGAAACAAAGAUCUCGUGUCUCUUCACCUAAAUGUGCUGAAUGAUCAGACACUUUACAUAUAAGGGCUGGCGGGAAACUGCUUGGUAAACUCACUUGCUUAAAGAUGGUUUGUAUUCCCUCUGCCAAUGUGUUCUCUAAUAGCAGCUACCUUUUAAGAUGAAUACGCAUGACACCAUCAGAGCCAAUGGAUGACCGCGUCAGUUCUGAGAUGAUAGGAAGGGACUUGCCAAACUGGUCCUUGAAGGGUUAAUACAAUAAGUAAUGAAUGCCGGUCUGUUAUCUGAUUGGAUCUAUGGGUAUAUGUAUUUAUUAUAUAUUUUUUUGUUUAUUAUCUUCAUUUCCCCACUUUACUGCUUUGAGCAGCUAGCAGGAGGGUUACUGCUGUGAGUGUGCAAGAACGCCAUUAUAACUCUGAUAGAUGUGGCUUUUCUUUUAUCUCUACCAUUGCAGCGUGAAGGUGUCUGGAAUUUAACUUUGUGCACAUUGCAAAUUUUUUUUUAUUUUUUCCCCCCUGUAAUUUUAUUAUUUUUCUUUUAUUUUUAUUUUUUGUUUUGUAAUUGCACCGGAGCCGACAAAUAAAAUGUCUGGAUACUGAAAAUUUGACACAUCAUGUUUGCGGUCUUGCUUCUCUUUUAAUUCCUGAGAGUGAAAAUGUAAACAUGACAUUAGAAGUCUGUCUGGCUUCUCCUGUAUCAUGAAAGGGCAAUAUUUACGACUGUGUAACUAAUGGGGACUACAAGCUUUGUAGGCCUCAGCAGCAUGUAUGCAAUGAUAAUGUUAGAUGGCCAAAAAAAGACCUGGGGCUUGCAAAGGGUAUCCUCCCCACACCCAAUGUCAAAGCCUAAACACCACAUUAUGACCCAAAAUCUUAGAAUGAAGGUAGACCAUUGAAUUCCUCACCUGCUGUAUUAACCCCACAGUAUUCUGUAUAUUCAGCAUUAGAACGCUACACUGCUCUAUAAUUGUCUCCAAAUAUGGUUCAUUAAAUGAACAU